CGAGGCGUAUAAAGGCUGCCAGGGCUGAAAGCUGCCAAGCCCUGCCCGGCCCGAGGCGCACAGAGCAUGGCCCGAGGCGCUGAGCGAGGCCGUGGAGAUGCGGGUUGGGGCCUGCGUGGCGCCCUGGCGGCCGUGGCGCUGCUCUCGGCGCUCAACGCUGCGGGCACGGUGUUCGCGCUGUGCCAGUGGCGAGGGCUGAGCGUGGCGCUGCGGGCGUUGGAGGCGCAGCGGGGCCGGGAGCAGCGCGAGGACAGUGCCCUGCGCUCCUUCCUGGCCGAGCUGAGCCGCGCGCCGCGCGGGGCGCCCGCACCACCCCAAGACCCGGCCAGCUCAGCUCGCAACAAGCGCAGCCACAGCGGCGAGCCCGCGCCGCAUAUCCGCGCCGAGAGCCAGGACAUGCUGCUGAUGAUGACCUACUCCAUGGUGCCGAUCCGAGUGAUGGUGGACCUCUGCAACAGCACCAAGGGCAUCUGCCUCACAGGACCUCCUGGACCACCAGGACCUCCGGGAGCUGGCGGGAUGCCAGGACACAAUGGAUCAGAUGGACAGCCUGGUCCUCAGGGCCCAAAAGGAGAAAAAGGAGCAAAUGGAAAAAGAGGAAAAAUGGGGAUACCUGGAGCUGCAGGAAAUCCAGGGGAAAGGGGAGAAAAGGGAGACCAUGGUGAACUGGGCCUGCAGGGAAAUGAGGGCCCACCAGGGCAGAAGGGAGAAAAGGGUGACAAAGGAGACGUGUCCAACGAUGUGCUCCUGACAGGUGCCAAAGGUGACCAAGGCCCACCAGGUCCACCUGGGCCCCCAGGCCCUCCAGGUCCUCCAGGGCCCCCUGGAAGCAGAAGAGCCAAAGGCCCUCGGCAGCCAAACAUGUUCAACGGCCAGUGCCCAGGUGAGACCUGUGCCAUACCAAAUGAUGAUACCUUGGUUGGAAAAGCUGAUGAGAAAGCCAGUGAACACCAUUCCCCACAAGCAGAAUCCAUGAUCACUUCCAUUGGAAACCCAGUGCAAAUACUGAAAGUGACAGAGACAUUUGGGACUUGGAUAAGAGAGUCUGCUAACAAGAGUGAUGACCGGAUUUGGGUGACGGAGCAUUUUUCAGGCAUCAUGGUGAAGGAAUUCAAGGACCAGCCCUCACUUCUGAAUGGCAGUUACACGUUCAUCCACCUUCCGUAUUAUUUCCAUGGCUGUGGGCACAUUGUUUACAACAACUCUCUCUACUACCACAAAGGGGGAUCCAACACCAUAGUGAGAUUUGAAUUUGGCCAGGAAACAUCCCAAACUCUGAAGCUUGAAAAUGCCUUGUAUUUUGAUCGAAAAUACCUUUUUGCAAAUUCCAAAACUUACUUCAAUCUAGCUGUAGAUGAAAAGGGCCUUUGGAUUAUCUAUGCGUCAAGUGUGGACGGCUCAAGCAUUCUUGUAGCACAAGUGGAUGAGAGGACAUUCUCAGUGGUGCAACACAUCAAUACCACGUACCCCAAAUCCAAGGCCGGCAACGCCUUCAUUGCCCGAGGAAUCCUCUACGUCACAGACACCAAAGAUAUGAGGGUCACAUUUGCCUUUGAUUUGUUAGGAGGGAAACAGAUCAAUGCAAACUUUGAUUUAAGAACUUCCCAGUCUGUUCUUGCCAUGUUAGCAUACAACAUGAGAGAUCAGCAUUUAUAUUCGUGGGAAGAUGGCCAUUUAAUGCUUUAUCCUGUGCGGUUUUUGUCAACUACCUUAAAUCAGGAUGUGCUGCAUUCUGCUCCCUUCAGCAAAUUUCAGGGGUUUUCUGGGACCAGUUGAAACUUGUUUUUUUAACGGCAGCCAGAUAUUGAGAAAAUAACCUCAUAAGUGUUUAUAUGGUCAGUGAGCUCCCCUUAGUGAAACAGCAACAGAUUGGAAGUUGAAAUGGCUGAGAUUUGGUGAUCUCCCCACAGCUGGCUCUGCAAGUUACCUCUUUCUCCUUGGGCCUUAGUUUCCCCAUUGGUAAUCUGAAUUGGCUAAGAUGACUGGGGAGAUUUUCUCUACCAGUAGGAAAUUUGGUGAUUCUUGGCGGCUGCUCUUCUCACAACUUUUAUGUAUCUGCUUCUGUCGUUUAGCUUUUUUAGCCACAUGCUGACCAAAUUUCCCUUUGAGUUGAUAAGUCCAGUGGCUUGAGUAGUGAAUCCCUCAGUGCUGACUUACAUCUGGUUCUUUGAAAAAAUGCAUUGACUCUUUAAGACAUCUAAAGUAUCACAUUAGCCAUAAUUUAUUGCUUUUCUUUGCAUCUGCACCUGCCACCACAGAGUAACCAUUACCCUCAGCUGCUGAAUGGGCAGUUCUGAGAUUAGCAAAAGCCAGGGACAGCUACAUGUUCAGGUUUCUUUUUUUUUUUUUUCAAUAAGCUAUUUUUUUUUUCUUUUCUUAUUUUAAAUAGAGAGAGAGUCUUGCUAUGUUUCCCAGG